CCACAUCAUCAUUUUCAUCAAAAUGGACACCUUGCCAUCGCCAGUUCUACUUUCAAUUUGCAGCCUGAUAUGGGAAACCUCUCCCAGAACUCUUCGACUCUUCUCUCUGGUCAACAGCAACUGCUACCACGCAUCCGUGCCAUUUCUCUAUCGCAAACUGAAAUUGGAAGUUUCCACCCACCAGAGACUCCAAGAUGCAGUUUCUGAGCUCAUCGUUCAUCCUCUCCGCCAGCAAUAUCUCGCCUAUGCGCGGCAAUUGAAUUUGCAAGGGAAACUGUUUCGUCAGGCUGAGAGCCCCGAGGACGAAGCAGAGCUCCUCCAACGGCAAGAGCUCUUUUCUGAGAGGGAGCCACAGAGCGAUAUUUGCAGUGAACUCGAAAUGGAGCCCUCGUAUGAUCUGAUGCUCAGGUCCGACCAGAAUAAGCUGGAGGAUGCAGAGAAGGAGACCAGCCCCUCGUGGUUGCCGCUUGCAUCGCUGCUUGCAAGGUUGCAGUACUUGCUGGAGAUGAACUAUACCUGCGAAAACAUGUUUCCCCCGUGUUUACUAGAGGCCCUCAGCCAGUAUCAUCCCUCAUGUCGACUCAGCCUGGACAUGUUCCGCUUCACUGGUUGUAAAGGCCAAGAGACAAAUCCAUACGAAAUGAAGCUGAUCCACUCGCCUUGUCUACAUGCUGUCACUAUGCGAUUUCCCAACCAUUCUUCGGAAAGCCAGAUAGAUUAUGAUGAGGAGGCUGUAAUUGAAGCAAUCAAGACCGCACCAAAUCUCAAAGAGGUCCGAUUGCAUUGGUGUCUCUCACAAACAACCAAUGCCGUACACCAAAAUUUGGAUUCUCCCCAGGCUGGCACGCGGGAAGUUUUCAAUCCCGUCUCAAUUCCGGAAGAGCAUCGUCCUCGAAAGAGUCUGACAAGCCUCAGUCUCAAAGGAGCUUCGAUAAGCAUGGAGCGACUGGAGAAAUGGAGCCAAGUUACAGAUCUGUCCAAGCUCCAGUCACUAACCAUGGACCGCGUCAGUAACCCAUUUCUAUCACUAGUCACUGAAACGGCAGCGUUCACGUCAUUGGAGAAGUUGUCUAUGACCUUUGGGUUCCCCCGCGACAACGAGCACAUCCAACCUCUCGCCGAAACGUUCUUUGAGAGUCUUCCUCCAUUGAAGACCCUGCGGCUACAUAGAUUCAUCGGUGUGCCAUUGUUGCAGAAGAUCCUUGAGAGGCACGGUCCUUCCCUGCGAGAGCUCCUGUUCAAGCCUUUUGGAGGAUCAAUAGGCCCCCCUCAGAUACAGGUGAAACCUAUCGUCCUCACAGCUUCCGAUAUUGCGCAUGUCGCUGAACUAUGCCCUUUGGUCGAACAACUUGAUCUGUCACUCCAUCGCUUCCAGGGCAACUAUCGUGAGACUGCCUGCUACGAAGCUUUAGGGAAAUUCCAGUCCCUGAAAAAAGUAUCUUUAGACCUUAAUUACGUCAUGCCAUUCGCUCAGCCACGCACCAUUGAUGACCUGGACGAAUCUAUGGACGAGCUCGAUAGACAGAGAUAUGGAGGACCAUGCACAAGAAUGGUGUAUAACAUCGAUGCUUGCGACGCGAUGACCAACGCCGCUGUAGACGAGAAGCUAGCCAGAUCAAUCUGGGAUGUAAUCACUUCAUCUCAGUCCGGGAACAAUCGUCUCCUGUCGCUCUGCAUUAUGCCUCGGAAGGCGAUUGUUGCGGGCCAUGUCAGCCUCCCAAUUCCCAAGGUCAAGCACAUAGCCAGAUCCUUCAAGGUCACUUGGCACGGCUACGGCAAUCACGUAGAUGUUUUUGAAAUCGGGAAAAAACGGAGGGAGAGAGAGGAUAAGGAGCGAAGACAGUAUGAGGCGGACAUGAUUCGGGAAAGGGGCUCUUUUUGGGAUCUGCGCGAUGAGAUCUUUGAGAGACUAUGGCCUCAAAGCGAGGGUCAGCAUUGGCAUGAUAGUUGGAGUAGCUUCCCUCUAAAGCGCUCGUCUUAGAUAGUACUGGUCAUCGGCUUCCAGGGUUAAGCUGGUCCUGGAUAUAUUUCAACAGCGAUAAGUCACUUAUAAAGAUAUCACAAAAAUAAAGAGACAAGUAGAUUUUCAUUAUUUAUUUCAUCUCGCUGAUAUGAGAAAGCAUCUACGGUUAUGUC